AUGGCAGGUCCAGCGGAUCACAGUGACAGCGGGUCCGGUUCUGCUCUUCAGGCGGUGUUUGAGCAGCUGCGGUCCGCGCACACUCUAUCCCUGACCCUCACCAGCCCGCUGUGCCUGGCUGUUAUCGCUCUGGACCGGUACUUGAGCGUACAGCAUCCAGCCGCUGAGAGCUACAGCUACGACCUGACGGUCACGGACGGCCGAUGGCGGAUAAAGUGUCAGCUGGCGGACAGUCUGAGCCAGUGGGUCCGGACAGGCUCGCUGCGCUGCGGUGCCGGGGUCCUGGUGUCCCAGCUGUCAAUAGUCCACGAUGAGACGAGGCUGAGUCACAGUUACGUUAGGAUAGACAGCAUCCACAGCGUCCCGGAGAGUUUUCUGUCCAUUAAAGACGUGGGGAGUAUCCCGGAGUGGUGUCAGGACCAUGUGACCCGGUCCGAUGGACCUCUGCAGCUGAGCAGAAAGUAUUAUUUACCACUGUGGAUAAAUGACGAUCCUUAUGGAAGCGUGUGGAUUUCUUAUAGCCCACCGCCAGACGUGGUCAUUGAUGUGUCUAGAAUCACUCUUCUCGCUGAUCUGGAAGCGUUCUUUCACAGCUCCAGGCGGCCUCUCCCACUGCUGGUCCGAAUUCUGCACAGGUCCAGGAUACGGUACUAUGGAAAACCAGGACAAAAUAUUGACUUCCCAUUUCAGGUGUACUGUGAGGUUGCUGAUCAGAGUGGCAUCAUGUCCAUGGUUGUAUGGAAUGAUCUUUGUCCUGAAUGGUUCAACAGACUGACAGUUGGCUCGGUUCUAUAUCUGCAGCAGUACUCGCUGAAACACAGUUAUCAGAACCGGUCUAGACCACAUAUCCGCACGCUCUCUCUUACGACUUUCAACUCCAUUGAGAUCAGCCUGAAUCCUCGAAGUCCUGCAUCUGUAGUGACAGUGAUUCCACCAAAAAGUGUUCAGCCUCAGUGGAGUCUGCCUGAUGUCCCAUACAGCUUUGCCACAAGGUGGCAUUAUGGCUAA